CUACAGGAGCUGAGGUCCAACAGUCUGGUGGUCCGUCGACAGUCCGAACGUUCAGACAUGAUGAGAGGCCUCUGGCUGCUGCUGGUGCUCGUGGCUGUGGCCACAGCUGAGAGGGUUUUUAUUGGAGAUCAGGUCAUCAGGGUCAAUGCAGAGACAGAGGAACAGAUCCAACUGCUGCAGGCUCUGGAGAUGCAGCAGGAGGGGGAGCUGGACUUCUGGCUCCACCCGGUCUCCACUGAGCUCCCUGUGGACAUCCGAGUGCCACGCUCCAGUUUCAGCUUUGUGACGGAGUACCUCAACGCCCACAACAUCCCAUACUCUGUCCUCAUCAACAACCUGCAGGAGCUUCUGGAUGAGGAGAAAGCUGAGAUGAUGCAGAAUGAGUUGAAGGAGCGCAGCAGCAGGAGCUUUAACUUCGGAGCUUAUCAUCAUCUGGAGACAAUCUACAGCUGGAUGGACACUCUGGUGGCUCAGUAUCCUAAUCUGGUCUCCAAGCAGGAGAUCGGGAGGUCGUAUGAGAACAGACCCAUGUAUGUGCUCAAGUUCAGCACCGGAGGAAACAAGCGUCCCGCCAUCUGGAUCGAUACGGGGAUCCACUCCAGAGAGUGGGUGUCUCCGGCCACUGGACUGUGGACAGCCAACAAGAUUGCCACUGACUAUGGUAAGGACACCUCCCUGACCUCCCUCUUGAACACCAUGGACAUUUACAUGCUGCUCCUGGCCAACCCUGAUGGCUACGCUUACACACACUCUAAGGACCGUAUGUGGCGCAAGACCCGCUCCGAGAACCCAGGCUCCAGGUGCCGCGGAGUCGACCCCAACAGGAACUGGGAUGCAGGCUUUGCUGGCCCCGGUGCCAGCAGGAACCCCUGCUCUGAAUCUUACCACGGCCCCUCGGCUCACUCUGAGAUCGAGGUGAAGAACGUGGUGAACCUGAUCAAAAGCCACGGAAACUUCAAGUCCUUCAUCUCCGUCCACGCCUACUCCCAGCUGCUCAUGUACCCCCACGGCUACUCCUGCAAGAAUGUGGCCCAUCAGCCGGAGCUGGACUCAGUUGGCAGAGCAGCAGUGCAGAAACUCACUUCUCUCUAUGGCACCCAGUACAAGGUUGGAAGUAUCUGUAAAAUCAUCUAUCAAGCCAGCGGCGGCAGCAUCGACUGGUCAUACGACGUGGGCAUCAAAUACUCCUUUGCCUUUGAGCUGAGGGACACUGGUCGCUAUGGUUUCAUCCUGCCAGCCAAUCAGAUCCUCCCCACGGCCACUGAGACCUGGCUGGCUCUGAAACACAUCAUGGAGUAUGUUCGUGAUCAUCCUUAUUGAUCGCUGUGACCCACGGAGGGAAGAGAAACUUUGAUAUCAGCUAACACUCAAAACAGUUUUCUAGGCUGAUGUGUGACGUCUGACUUUAAUAUCGACCAAUAAAGUCAUGAACAGCC